AUGGCCCAUUUAGAAUCACGCAAGCAUAUCUCACCCGACUCGGGAUUUCCAGUCAACCUGCACCCAAACUUCUCCGAGAAGAUCAAAAAUCAUGUCCCGCCAGAGGAGCCCCGAACACAGAUUUUCCCCGAUAAAGACCGUGCCUCAUUCGCGGACCCGGAAAAGAAGGCCUUGUUCGCCGUCGCCAAACGAAGUGAUCUCACAGAGUCCAUUGGCACUGUCCUAGAGAAUGUGCAGCUGUCUCAGAUAACGCCAAUUCAGCUCGAUGAGCUGGCGCUCUUGGUCAACGAGCGCGGGGUCGUCUUCUUCCGGGACCAGGACCUGACGACCGAAAAGCAGGUUGAGCUCUUUGAGCACUAUGGCAUCCUGGACAAGCACCCAGCGCAGAAGGACGUCAAGCACGUCAUCAUCCGGGGCAGCAGGGAGAACCAUCGCGAGGUGCUAAAGUACACGCCGUGGCCGUCGGGCGACUUUCACGCCGACACGUCCUUUGAGAUCAACCCGCCGUCGUACUCGAUGCUGCGCAUGGAGGAGCACCCCGACGUCGGCGGCGACACCGCCUGGGUCUCGGGCUACGGCUUAUACGACACGCUGAGCAAGGCCAUGCAGAGGUUCGUCGACGGCCUGCACGCCGUGCACACGUCGCGGCUGCAGUACGACACCAUCCUCGACCUGUGGGGGACGGGGCCGAACCGUGCUCCCGUUGACUCGCAUCACCCGGCAGUGCGGACGCAUCCCGUCACGGGGCUCAAGGCGCUCAAUGUGAACCCGGGGUUCGUCACAUCCUUUGCCGAGCUCAACAAGGUCGAGUCGGAUAAGCUCUUGGACUUUUUUCAGUACCACAUACACUCGGCUGACGACCACUAUGUCCGCUGGAAGUGGGCAGUCGGCAGUGUUGCCAUGUGGGAUAAUAGGUGUGUAGUGCACCGGGUGAUUCCUGGGAGAUAUGAAGGGAACCGAAGAGGUAUCCGGACGACUGUCUUUGGAGAGAAGCCCUACUUCGACCCUUCAAGUGAAAGUCGCUAUGAGAGAGAGGACCGACUGAGGCAGGAAGGCGAAGUGCUCAAAGCCCAAGUCGACGCGAAAGAGUCUGGCAUAGAGACACCGGCAUGA